AUGCACUCCAUUUCUCAAAUGGUUCAAAUGUCAGCUUCCCGAAUGCAUACCAGCCAGGCAUCAAGUUGGAUCCCGCCACCUGAGGGAGUUGUUAAAAUAAACUGGGAUGCAGCUUUGAGUGAAGCUCGUGACAGGAUGGGGUUUGGUCUGAUAGCUCGAGAUCAUAGAGGUAGUGUGGUUGCUGGGUACGUAGCUAAGGAUGGCUGUGUUGCUCCUUUGCUGGCAGAGGCUAUUGGAGGACUUCAAGCUGCUAUGUUUGCAUCUGAGUUGAACCUGUCUUCAGUAAUCUUGGAGGGUGAUUCUCUGCAGAUAGUCCAAGGUCUUGGUCUUCACAAGGAGAGGUGGGAUAGUGUAGGUUUGGUUAUGUAA